AUGGCCUGGAGCCAAUCUGGGCCUCAAUUCCAGCGCGUUCCGCACUUCGACAUUUGUGAGCUGUUUGACCUAUCGAGCAUCAUAAUCGUAGACGGCGAGCGGAGAUGCACUCGACCUCCCUACUGCCACUACGAAUCCGACCAUGAAGCUGCCCUGGAGUUGUCAAGCUCACUCUACCCAGCCCCGAAGCACCGUCGGACGGGCGUAGGUUCAGUAUCGGUACUGGCGCCUCGGCCCCUGCCGCCUGAGCUGCAGCCAACGGUGAUCCUUGAUUGUGACCUUAAGAAGGAUUUGCCGACAAGCCAUGUUGACCUGUUUGCGUUCAAGGAUGAAUAUCGCCAGGUGAUAGAGCGACUGGAUGCGCUGCGGCAGAAGUCCAUCGACAUCAAGAAAUCGCGCUUGAAAAGACAGAUGAAAGGAGUUACCUCUGCCUGCCUCACGCAGCUGUGCCAGUUGCGGACGGAAACAUCGUUGAAGCGCUACUUAUCGCAACCUAUCCGCACACCGACGAUUACAGAGGUCAUUUGGGAUGCCGCCAACAUGAACUUGCGCCACAUGGCGAAGAUACGGAGGGAACAGGGCCAGAACGCCCGUAAGCGUUUAGACAUAACCGUCGACGAAGAUAGCAAUGUUUGGUCGGAGAAACGGCUACACAAGUUGUUCGCGGAUAUUGUCACCCUCGAUAGCUACCAGUUGGUUAUUGGCGAGCGACGGUAUGCGUAUCGCAACAUGCCACAUGAGCUAGAGACAACACGGCCGCUGAUCCUUACGGGCCCACAAAAUCAAUCGAGCGCGCCGUUGUUACACCAAAGCGCCACCGAACGCUACCUCGAGGAGCAGAGCCGAUCGGCUCUCAUCAUGGCUGCGGAUGACGAGCUGAUAGUGACAGUUACUCUUUAUCAUGGUGUCAGAGGCCACAAACUGCGCGAAUACGACAUACUGGCGUCACAAAGCCUCGCCGACCUGCGCGACGCGUUCCGCUGCCCCGCCGAGAUCCGCCCAGUGGGCGUCGACCUCGAGGUGCGCGGCUCCUGUUUUAUGUUGAAUGGCCAGCUGUUCCCCGACCUCCGUGGAGACGCGUGCGACUACUCAGAGCCCCUUUUGCACUUCUAUCAGCAGUUCAAACCGGGCGCACUACACACGAGCGAGUGUAUCGAGCAGAGCGAUGCAAUUCUGUAUCAUAUGGAGCUGCCAGUGUAUAUUCCUGGGUACCUGCUGCACCACGGAGACUGCGAGCACAGGAUGAUGAUAACGGCUGUACGAGCAUUCGACCGCGUGCGCGACUGUCCAUACGAGCCCUGCUACCCCGUAUGCGUCUUCAUGCCACGCCGGCGCUCCGUGCAGUGCCACAUCUGCGAGCUCAGGGAAGCCGACAAGUCCGUGUUCAACAGUCUGGCGCUGCCUCAAAUCCCGUGUUACCUAUGCGACGACUGUUACGGUCGGUUCCAGCGCCUAGGAACGUUGGAUGGUGUGUAUCGCUCCGAUGGCCUGGCGAAAACUGCGGCGAUCGAGUUUUGCGAGGAGUGA